AUGUGGGCGUUCAAGGUCUUACCAACCUUGUUCGGUCUCGGUGCAUGGUUUCGUCCGUCGUCACCUGCGUCCGAUGUCCAAGUCGUCGUUCAGACUUAUCUCGUGCUUGACGUACCACUACCUACCAUCACCGUCACUGAAACCGUCGGAGUUCUUGCUACCGCCAUCACCCACACCAUCCCGACUGCCUCCUCCACUCCCGUCCCUGAAUCCGACCGUCCUACUAUAGAUGGCUACGCCUAUCCCUUCCCUGACUACACCCGGGCCGAGUCUCGCACCAGAGCGCGUUCCGAUGAGCGUUAUCAAGAUCGUUUGACUGCAAUGCACGUAAUGUGGACGCCUCAGUAUUCCAUAUUCGACUUCGUCGUGUUCCUCACUACUACCUUCGCCUUCGCUGUUAUGACCUUAUGGAUCGCUAUCGUCGCCAAAGACAAGGUUGACAUCGUGCGGUACCUCGAGCAGAUCCCUGGAUACAUCGACGCUUCCUUUCAACACACUGGGUGCCGCAUUGGAUACGCGUGUCUGAUCCUGGCUUGGAUAGGCUUGAUCACCGACUACUGCAUCGGAUGGUCAGAAGGAUACUUAGUAUGGCCGAAAAUAAUCAAUGUGCUUUUCUCGUAUCCACUCCUCCUCAUCGCACACUUCCAACUGCCGCCCAUUGGGCACAUUCUCUUCCUGUUUGGAAGGUUUGCAAAGACAGUUGCAACCGCCCCAGGGCGAUGGAUUGCUAGACAAGCGAGACGUUGGUACGAAGCCCGGACAAGCAAGCGUCGCAUCGACAAGGUAUUCGAUCGACCUAUAUCUAGGAUUACCAUUGGAGAAUGCCUUUUCCCGGACCUUGCCGCCGCCAAACCAAGACAGCAGGACACCAAAUUCUCUCAGAUAAUCAAGGCCGCUUUGAGCGACACCUUCUUUCUCGGCUGGAAUCUCAUCGUUCUCGUGAUCGAGCUCCGUAUCCGAUCUUGGAUGCAGAUCUGGUCACACACUCGCGAUGUCAUCUUGGUCACGAUGGAAGUCCUUUUCGGCUGGGGCGACGAUGCGUUCCUUUGGGACGUCUGGCUGGGGUGCUACCAGACUGGCUUGAAGGGCCUUCGUGGAUGGCUUUCCGUAAGCAAUGGGCUCAUCAAGACAGCUCUCGGAGGGAUUUGGGUUGGCCUCAAGCUGGUCAAAGCCGUCUUCAAUCGUUUCCUCAUCCGUGUCUUGGACAGGAAAGUACCUCACAACUUGACGCCCUGCGAAAUCAAGACUUACGAAGACAAAGUCAACAAUGCCUAUUGCGAAACGUCCACCUACAACCACAGCCAGAUCGCGCUCCUUUUGUUGAAACUUUGGGGAGCCGUCGAAGACAUAGCUCGUUUGGAAGCUCAAAUCAAAUACAUGCAGCAGCACUGCGAUUCCAUAAACAGCCGCGAGAUUGGCGAGAAGUGUGUUGGCUACCGUGCAACAAUCAUCGAGCUCAUUCACGAUAACAACUACUUCCGUCUUCUGCUCUGCGCCAUACUGAACGCUCUGUACAACGAACUUCAUGGCCGAAGGCCCAAUGACCUCAACGCCAAACAUCCUUACAAGCCCAGCCAACUUGAGUUCCGCGUGGCACCUGACCCGCUCACUGGCUUCUACAUGGGUUACAGGGAACACACGAUUCGGGCCGUCAACAAAUGGGAUCUCGGCUACGAAUACCUGAGACAGGUUGAAAACUUCGGCAUGAAGUACGAGAAGGAACCUAUGCGCAUGUCGAUGAUCCUCGCCUGGAAAGCCAAUGGCCCCGGGAACGUUCCUGACAACUUCGAUCCGUUCGUCAAGGACCACUGGGUCUUUUCUGGCGCCAUACCUGGUCUCAACAUCCCCGUCUACAAGUCUGAGCACAACCCGUUCAACAUCCACGCUAAGCGCUUCCCUGUCUACAUCAAUCCUGAGGGGAUCUUUGGACCCCAGAUCGAGGACUUUGCCGCCAAGGGCCGACUUGCGCAGUGGGGCGAUUCUGAGGCCAUGAAGCCCAAGGUUGCUCCUUUCGACGCCGCCGAGCUCUGCAGGUUUACCGCCAAGAUGGAUUUCGGUGCUGAGCCGCUUCGCAAGCACAAGAUGGCUUCAUUGCGCAAGAUGCCCGUGUACUCGAGUGAUCCAUGCCCGACUGGUGAGCCCAGGACGACUGACUUCCCGCUCUACAGGAAGGACUUUGCCUAG